AUGUCGACCGCACAGCCUGUCCCGAAGUUCUGUAUUUUCAGGCCUGAAGGCAGAUUCACCCCCCUCAUCGCACUGGAUGAGCUGCCCUCGUGGCUUUGGGUGAGAGGUGCGGACCAAUUUCAUCCUUUUUUACAACCGCAGAUGGUUCUUGCUUCCCGUGGUAUGGUCCCUCGAGACGGCGAGUACGAUGUGGUCUGCCACAACUGCUACUCCACCAUCGACAACUUGCAUAGGAGUGUUUCGCAGAGCUAUGGCCCGUCGCCUCCCCCGGCUCCAAUCCCCAAGCAUGCCAAUUUGUCCGAUUCUCGAGGCUCCUACCCGGUGAUGCCAGGGUUUCACCUGCCCUUUGUGGACGUAGACCUGUCUAGGGUGAACGCUUACGUUGAGGAUCCAUACGUUGGCAUGUGUCUGGUGGAAUGUCCAUGGCCGCUAUCCUCGAGCCGUAUCCCUUCGGUGUUCCCGACUUCCAUGGUUUCCAAGGGGACGUUAAGCCCUGAGUCGGAUGACUCUAUUGGGUCUAUAAUGGAUCCCGAGGCUAUCGCAUUUUCUCCAAGCCUUUCUCUUCCCGCGCCAUACGCCUUGCCCAGUCCAACACGGGCCCAACCGAUCGAUGACGCCACUCUCCAUCUUCCUCGUUCGGACUCCCACGUCUUCAGAGUGGGGUAUACCAGCGCCAAUGAAGAAUCUACCUCGACACCCGCUCGAAAAUUCCAUGCUGCCCUCGAGCAACUCAAGAACACCAUCGGUGUCAGCCGUGACUUGGCAUCCCCUGAGCUCGAGCAACUCAAGGACACCAUCGGAGCCGGUCGUGACUUGGCAUCGCCUGUGCUCGAGCCUGAGCCCGUCAUGACUCGCUAUUUGGUCGGCAAGGAAGGAGGUCGGCGUCCUUGGAAAGACGACAGGCACGGUCGGGGCGGGGGUGUUCGCAAGCCGAAGGUCAAGCGACUGGGCUCCCUCAAGGUGACCUCACCGAGACAGUCGCGACAGGUCAACGCAGCGACGAAGCGACAGGAUCGACGAGAGAAGUUGAAGGCCCAGAUCAACCACGGAAGGGGUGAUAGACGCCGCUACGCGCACAAGCCCUGGCGUACGCAGAUGGCAAAUCGUUGA